AUGUCGUCGUCGUCGUCGUCGUCAAAAUUGACACCAGCCUCGUCGCUCUCACGCGACCAAGCAAUCGCUGCAGCCGAGCAUCCCCAGCACAACCCGUCCGUGCCUCCACCCCCACCCACCCACUCUCCCUCCUACAUCCUCGCCGCCACCUUCGCCUCCGCCGGCCUCGGCAAUGCCAUCUCCGCAGCAUGCACCAACCCCGCCGACAUCGUCAAAGUGCGUCAGCAGCUGCUGGUCGACAAGACGCGAGCCAACUUCAUCGGGAUCACCUCGGACAUGAUCCGCAAGGAAGGACUCAGAUCGCUCUGGAAUGGGGUGACCGCUUCGUGUUUGAGGGAGCUGACGUACAGUACGGUGAGGUUUGGACUGUACGAGACGUUCAAGGAUGCGUAUGCCAAGGCGUUGGGGGUGAAGGAUACGAGUUUUGCGUUGAAGGCGUUGAGUGGGAUUUCGAGCGGUGCGAUUGGAAGUGCGUUUGCGUGCCCGACGGAUCUGGUCAAAGUACGAAUGCAAGCAGUCAGACCAACCGGUCAACCCCCCUACAGCAACACCUUCGUCGCCUUCGCCCACGUCUACCGCGAAGGCUCCCCCGGCCUCCUCGGCGGCAUCCGUAGCCUCUACCGCGGUGUAGGUCCCACCAUCAUCCGUGCCGCCGUACUCACAAGCUCCCAAAUCGCCUCCUACGACCAAGUCAAAACCCUCCUGAAACACAACAAGUGGCUGGAGGAAGGUUUCCCCCUCCACUUUUCCGCAUCCAUGGUCGCUGGAUUCGUAUGCUCCGUAACCAGCGCUCCGUUCGACGUGGUCAAGCUCUUCGAACGCUUCCGUACACUCUUCGGCGUCAAACCCCUCUAA